AGGCGUGAUGAUUAAAUCGAAUGGUUCAGUAUUCGCCUGACUUUUGACAAUGCAGCCCACUCAUCGCAGAGUGGCCUUCGUUGUGAUAACAUUGGUGGGAAUUCUUCUGACUUUCGUCUCGGCUGGUGAGGUCAAGGUGGAAAAAUCCAAAACGCACAAUGGCGACCAAAGAGGGUUGUUGCCCACCUUGGGGCUGCUGGCGCUACUCAGGAUGUCCCGACCUUCGCUUUUCUCAGGUGGAUUUCAUGCGUUCGGCGCUUAUGGAACUGCCGGCGCCUAUUUCCACCCCCACCCUGGCUAUUACCCUAUUGGGGCGGUUGGGGGUGUUGGGGCCAUAGGCGCUGGCACGGGUGUGGCGGGAUUGCCAGGAUAUCCUGGCUAUCCACUUGGCUUCCCAGGACAUCCUCUUGGAGUUGGUCCUUUUGGAAUAAACAAUAUCCGAGGAGUUUAUCCGACCAAUGCUGUACCAACAAGCUCCACUUUUAACGACUUGCGAGUGGAUGAAAACACAGGGAACACUGGGACAACAGCAAAGCCAAGCUAUUUUCAGUAUUUGCAAGAAGCAGCGUCACCGUAUCUGCACGCCGGACAGACAGUCCAAUCGAGACACUUUUCAUAAUGUAUCAAGAUUGUACAAUAAAUUAUAAAUUUGUUUUCCAAUUCCGUAUUUGAUGUUAUUUGAUCUCGAUGGAAUUUGCAAAUAAUAAAAAUGCGUGUUUCGAUGA